UGUAGUUGGUAAUAUUUUUCCUUGUUUAAAAUAGUGAAUCCUGAUACAUAUGUGAAUACACAGAUCAACAAUAUCAUGGCUUAUGCAAAGAAUGAGGAAAACAAUAUUUUAGAAGCAACUACAGUCUUUUUAUUGAUGAAAAAAGGUUUUCCUAUAUCCCGAAAUGUAAGAGCUCAGUGGAUGGUAGAGCAUUUAGACACUGUAAUACCUAUUCAGUGUCCAAGUUCAAAGCAGAAAGAAGCAGAAGAAUUGGAAAUAGUGUCCGUACUGCCAAAAAAUAAACCGGAAUCUUGGUCAGCUAAAACAAGUCACCAAUACCUUUAUAAAGUGACUUCUACAACAUCCAUAAUAUUUUUAGCGCACAAGUACAGAAUAGUGCUUAAUUUGGACUUAAGUCCUUCUCUCGCAACCGUUGAUAUACAACACGGUGAAAUAGUUAUAGAUGAAGUAUGUGUCGCAACAAAGCACUUUUUGGAAGGUAUUAUUAAACCUUUUAUAGUACCAGGAAGUAAUAGAAAAAUGCAACCAGAAAUUUAUGUAACUGUAAUAGCUCAUACACCCUUUUUCACAAGUCCAGCGCAACAAGUAUUAGUACAAGGGUGGUUAGUAACUAUGAGCAACGUUAAUCAACUUACAAAUUUCAUAGAAAAACAACUUAAUAUGUUAGAGGAGAAGGUAGCGUCUGUUACUGCUAUAGCUAGUCAACAAUUAGAAAAUUUAAGAACUGAAAGUGAACGAUUAGUCGGAGGACUUUUUGAAGAAAGCAGUACCUGUUUGAAUAAAAACAGUAAUUGUGUCACAAACGCUUCAAUAAUUUCUCCAGAAUCAACAUUUGUGAAUAUGUUGAGAUAUGGUAUGUUAGCGUUGACGCUUCUGCCCGAACACAGCUGUGCACAUAUGAUAAUCGUGUCUGAUGGUAUCAUAGGAACCACUGAUGUUCACGUACUGGAUUCUGUGAUCCAGCAGUUGCGUGCAACAACAGUUGCAUGUAGUUUUCUACACGUUGGUGGUACAUAUCAUCCACAUUCUGCGGAUGGUUUAGUUCCAUAUGAGGAUCUGUUGUAUUUCAUUGCUGGAGCAACUUUGGGUUCAUAUAUGUCUCUCAUUCCACCUGCCACGCAUUUAGAGGAAAGAGAAAUGAACAUAUAUCAUAAAAAUUUUUUAUGCUGGCAACUGUAUCGUGAAGUACUUUGUGAUGAAUCACCGUAUUACCCAAAUUGGCAUUCUAAGAAUUCGUUGUUUUACGAACAAAAAUCUGCUCAACUUUUACAAAAGAAACAAAUCGAAGACAAAGUCAAUUGUACUUUAAGCAGUUUACUAUGUUGUCGACUUCGAGAAGGAUACUUAAUAAAGCGAGCUAAUGUAAGAGAUGAAAUGCUUGAAAUUUGUUUUGUGUUACUGUGGAAGUCUAGUGUUUCACUGGAAUAUCUAGUAAUAUGCCCUUGGUCUACAAAAUCAUUAUCUGUGUCUAAUACAAUACAGUACAAAAUCACUAUAGAAGCUCCCUAUGAAUUUCUUCAUGAUAUUACAUGCUUAUCAAAGAAGCCAUUGAAAUCACAAUAUCGACAAGGAGUUGUAAAUCAUUUUUGGGCUGCUUUAACAUCUUUAACAGAAAGUGAUACUACGCUUGCACAUUUCAGUUGGUUUCCAGAAUUUGGUUGGACUUGGUACAGUGUGCCUGAUACAAUUAGGAGUGGCAUGCCUGUAUUUUAUUCAUCAGCUUAUCCUUCACCUAGCACGGUGCAACUUAGUGAUGCAGCAUGUCCACAAUUUGGACAAAUAUGGCAGCCUGUGGUGUCUUUAAAUCCCUUACAAUGGGCACGUUGGAUGCAUACACAAAGAGUAACAUUAAUUUUGUCCCACGACAGGCCACUGCCAAAACACAUGCACCAAGCAAAUCAGAGUGGGCGUUUUCAAUGCGUUCAAAGCCGCCAGUCAGCCGCAGUUCUUUAUGCAAUGUUAAAAAAUUGGGCUACUUUUGUGCUCGUUGAAAAUCAUACAUAUGUGCAAUUUAUCUAUAAGGAAACGGAAAAACCUCCUGUCUCAUUUUCGUUAAUUCGUAUUACUUGUAAAGGUCUCUGUGCCAUCCUGAACAUUGCAUUUGCCGCUGGCACGGAGGGAGUUGUACGCCAUAAUGUCGUCAUCGACCUUCUAGAACGGUUGUCUAAGCUUACUUUACCAAACAGAUCGACGGGACAAAGGGAAACACCGUCUUGUACGAUUAUACACAAAUCUUUAGAAAGAAUCUUAAUUAGAUAUGAACGAAUGCCAACUGAUUUGAAUUCUAUUAUAUUUCCUGAUGGAACUCAAACAAACUCGACGAGACAUACAAUAUCUUUUGGAGGAAUUUUGACAACUAGUUUGUCUCGAUACUUGCAUCACAGUCGAUGGCUUUGGCACAUAAAGCGACCAUUUGUGCAAACAAUACCAGGAAUUACGUUACCAAGAUUGCACAUAACUACAAUUGCAAGGAUUCUCUCUACGAUAACAAGGAUGCGUUUGGCCGAAGGUUUCAACUUUACGUAUUCAGCGGCCGGUAUUUUAAACAUGGUUCUUGAAGUACAAAUGCAAGGUGUGGAUAAAAGUGAUGCAACUUAUCCAUGUAUUAUUCAGUACAUUCUAUUUCCACCGCAUGUUAUAUCAAAUUCAGUACUCGAACGUGAUAGUGUUUCAGAAGAAGAUACCGAUGAAGGUACCGUUGAUGGUGAAGUAAGCAUUGAUGAGUUUGAAAACCUAGGCGAUUUUCAGAUUGUUUCUGAAAUUUGGAUCGAACCUCAGUGUGGUGUGGUGCAAUUACCUACACAGUCAGCAGCAACAUAUAUGUAUCUCUUACAAUAUCACGAACUUCCGAAUGCGAUUGCUCGAGUAGACGAAGGAUGCAUCAACGCCUUAUUGACAUUAGAAUACUUAAGUAUGUUGAGCCAAGUACUACCGAACGAGAAUAGUGGUGAAAUUGUAUAUGGACAAGCACAUCAAGAUCCAAAAUUAUCAAAAAGGAAUAUAAAAAAUAUCAAAAAUAAUGAGUGCAUUGCUGAGGAAGUGUAUCAAGGUCUACCAAUCAUCGAUGAAAGGAUACAUCCAAUGCAUUUUUUUUUCGAUACACUAAACAUUUUGCCAAAAUGUCAGCAAGCUGAACUUUUAUUCUCCAUGUUUUCUAAUAGUUCUACUAUGGAGAACGGAAGUAAAGGGCGUGCGAACAAAAUCUUGAUGGAUAAUUUUUUGGAGCGUAUAAAACAGUUGCAUAAUAAGGAGCUUUUAUUAACGUCCGCCGAAUCCCAAAAGUUCACGAUGAUGCUUCUUAAUAGACCUCGAGACGGUGGUCCUCAUUUACCAUUUUUUUCAGUAAAAGAUGGAUAUUUACAUUACAAUGAGCAGUACUCUUAUCCACGUUGGAAAUGUUUUAUAAAAGGAAUAAGUACAACCCAUGUGAUUGUCACAGUUUUACCAGCAUCCGAAAAAGAUGUACGUCUAUUCAUGUCACCUUCAUACACGGAGGAUUGUGUCAGAAGUAAUGAUUUUGAGAAUAAUGAUAUGUCCGAUGACGAAGGAAAGUUUCUUGAAGAAAAUCUUGUUAUUCCUGUUUAUGUUUACGACUGUUCGCUAGCCUCGUUGAUCGACACUUUAACAGACAAACUAAAGAUGUCACAUAAUAAAGACAUAUAUCAAGAUCAUACAUUUCGACUUGGUCAACAAGAGGGCAAACAGUUUAUUGAAUUAAAAUUUAAUUCUAACUCGAAACCUUCAUCUCCGGAAUUAAAAAGUGAGGAUUCCGAUAACACCACUAGUGACCAACGAAGCCUCUUGGAACAUUGUAAACUGGUGAGUUUGGCACACUGUCAUUGCUACGUUGUUGCCGUUUAUAAAUCACUAGUGCUACAACUGCCACUCAGUUACGAAGAUAUGGAAGCCGCCGUAGAACAAUGUGAAGAAACCCUAAUUGAGAUUAACAUUACAAAUUAUUUACGAUGCGUAUGCAGACAUUUAAGCAAAUUAUCGGAAAAAGAUUUAUUGGAUCAGUUGAAACAUUCUUCAUGCAAAGAUGUUGAACCAUUACACAAUUUAAUUAAGGAAAAAUUUGAGAGAAUAAUGACAGUUGCAUUUAGACCAGUACCUGCACAUCCUGAAUUUUAUUAUUGUUCACCAUUUUGGAUAGGAAAUAAAAUGGAUUUAUUUGAAUUUCAAAAAUCAGAUAGCGAUGAGGAAAUAGGAAAUGUGAUCUUUCAUUCAGUAAAUGUUCAUUCCGAGUUACAUAUGCACCGUAAAAAAGAAAAUCUUACGUGGCCAGUUAGACCCACCCAUAGCAUGUCAAAUAUGUCAAAUUAUGACUCUACGGAAUACCUGUCGAACGACUUACAAGAAGACAAUAUUGGCGAGCAGGAAGAACCUCUUUUUUUGCAAUUAAGUUGUUCUGUUCGAUUUCAGUCUAGAUCUGGACUCAGCAGUGUUCCAAUUAAAUCUCUCCCUACCUGCUUUAUGGAAAUUUUACAAAAAAUGGAAGAGUACAAAGAUAGUAAUGUCACAGAUUUAAGCCCAUCUGAUUUGAACAUCACUCUGGACAUCAUCUGUUUAAAUCUUCCAAGAGAAGUAUUAGAAAUAACUUUAGAACGUUACUCUGGUUUACGAACAACAUCUUUCUGUAGCGGUUCUCCGACUGGUAGUAUGGAAACAGACAGUGGAAGUAGUUCGGAAAAUAACACUAAAAGUGAAUUUUUUAAAGAAAAAAUAUCACAUCUUUCCUUAAAUCAUCAUAAUGCAAUAAAUAAUUUGAAAGAUGAAAUUGAAUGGCUUUUACAAGACGAAACUGCAACCGCAUUCUUAGAUCGACCCUUUGUAAAUGAGGAUGUUCUGAAAUUCGUAGCAAAUCACGUUUUAGAAUCAACAGAUAGGUUUAGCUGUAAAUUAGAAAAGGUCCCUCUGUACUUUGUUUUUCCUUCAGAGGAUAGCAAACCAAAAUUUCUAAAUGAAUUGAAAAAAAUUGAAAUUGACAAAUAUCGUAUUCAACAAGAAGGGACCUUUUUUUAUUUUGUAAAAAAUGUGCACCAUGUAUCGGCUGCUGUAAUACAACAGGAUAUGAGCAGUGACAAAGAAGAAGCAAAAAUCAAAUAUGGUAAUACUAUGGACUUUAUCGAGAAGAAAAUAUCACACAACAGUAGCGAUGCUGAAAACGAUUCUAAAACUCAUGUUAAAAAUGAGUUUUUAUCAAAUUAUGAUUUUAAAGGUUCUAAGGUGACAAAAAUGUCCGAACUAAAUGAUGAAUGUGAAGGACAAUAUAGUUCUGGAAUAUGCUUUAAAUGGUUGAAAGAUCUUGAUAAUCGUGAAAGUUUCUUACCAAAUUUCUGGUUAAUCUUGAAAGUAGAAAGUGAUUACGUCAAUGUUUACUUUCACUGUAGAUUCCUUGAAAUUGCAUCAGCAGAAGUGAACAGUUAUUGGCAUACGCAGAAAACGUUGAUCUGUCAAAUAAGAAGUACUUGUCGUCGAGUAAAUCAGUAUUUACUUUUACAAAAUCUUCACAAGACAAGUAAAUGUUCGGAACUAUUAGAAACUGAAACAAAUGAAGACUACAGCUGGAAAUCGGAAACAGCACACGAGAUUAGUAAUAAUGUGCAGAAUAAAGAUUCAGUGCAAAACUUUACUCCUGGAAUGUUCCGAUGUCGUGUAGUUUGGGAAUUUACUUUUCGGCUACAUCCUCGUUUAAAAACUGGACCUGGAAGGUCAGGGCUCUCACGGGGUAUAAAAGCACUACAUGGCGUUCUAACUAGGUUCGCCGUGACUAAUCGCAGUAACAUGUUCGUGUAUCAAGAAAAUAAUAAAAAUGUAUUUUAUUUAAGACUUCAUGAGCAAAUAAGCGAUGGUAAAUGUUUACAAAACAAGUUAUCGGAAAGUGAUGAAAAACUCGUUGUUUCCCGCAGUAAUAGCGUAGUGUCACUAUCACAGACAAAGCUGAACGACAAUAUCAUGUCAACUGAUACAAGACCCAGAGUUCGAUCCUUCAGUGAGAAAGAAUCGAAUAUCUUAAGUAGAACUGAAGAUUCGAUUGUCUUAAUGGUACAUGGAAUUUCAGAUGCAGGACCAGAAGUUAAGCGCGAUUUGGUACAAGUUUUGCAAAAUCGUCUAGACGAUGCGGUACUAGAAGUUUUGUCUAUAAUGUUAGCUAGGAAUCCAAUGUGUAAAUUAACUCCGGCCGAUGUUCAUUUUAUACAACCACCAAAAUCGCCAGAAAGCAUAAUACAGUUGUGUGUAGAAAACCAUUGUAUACCAUACAUUGGUGCUUUGGAAUUCUAUUUGCGACAGAAUAUACAGCAGUUCUUGUAUAUGCCAAAGUACACGGACAAUAGAGCAGAUUAUCAUUUCCAAGAUUAUUCACAGCUUGAAAGCUCUAUGAAACAGGUUGCUGAAUCUGAUAUUUUCUUAUACAAUCAAAGCCAGUCCAGUGGUAGCAAAGGAAUUGCUUGCAUAGCCCUAGCAGUUACAGGCGAUGACGGAGAAUCCAUGAAACCAUUGGAUAAUAAGUUCCCGGAAAAUAGUUUGCCAGCAACUAUAAAAGAGGAGGAUUUUGAAAACAUUGUUUCAACAUCAAUUUUUGAUAACAGAUCAAUAACGUCAUCACCUCUGAUUGAAUUCAAAAUUUGGAAACAAGGUAGAGUCAACAUCGAAGCUUUGUUACAAAAACUGUGUUCUGCAGUUAAACAUGCCAUUUGGGAUUUAGUGACUGAAUACAAGUUACUAUCGACUCCUUUAACAGAACCAUUCCUAAAUGAUACUCAAGAAAUCCAUACGGAAGACAAAAACACUGAGACACUAAUUAAAACGGAAACGUCACAGAAAGUUGGGCCAAAUUUAUUAACCAAUCAAUUUGAAACAGGCGAAGAAGAAAAAUUACGUAUUAUUUAUUGCGUAACAUUAUCUCAAUGGCUUCGUUUUGCAUUAGAAAUUGGAGUUCCGUCGGUGAAGAAGCAUGUAGUCAAUAUUAAUCAUAGGCAUGCUAUACCUACUAUUGUUAGAGAAUUAGAAAUCCUUAUACAAUCCCAGGCGUCAGAUACGACUAGCAGAGCUUUUGUUUUGAAAAAUAAACAGCCAUUUAUCGAGAAAUUUGUUUCAAAUGAAGAAACAACAAAAAACAGUCCGGAUUGCCCUACUGUAGAAAAUGAAGAUAAUGUAAAAUUACCUCUGUACAUACCUUGCGAUUUUAGUAGAGACGAACAAGAAACAUAUACAAACUGUAUUUUAAUUGCUAGAAACUUUUCUCAAUGGAAAGCUUCCUUCAACGAAAAGGUGGAACUAGAAUUAUUUGCCCCAAAAGAUCAAAAGGUAUUGCAAAAGUUUAAUCCUUUGAUACUGGAAUCAAGUUUUGUGUCGCGACAACGAUUAUUACUUGCUGAAAUUCGAAAUGAUAACAUAACACUUUACAUGUACAAUUGGUCAAAGGAGAAAUCUGAAAAAUUAAUGAAACAGGUUACCAGUUUGGGAACAUGGCUUUCUUCAAGAUCUAACUUUUUCAUGAACAUACUGAUGCAGAAAUUAGGUAUAUUUCAUCAUCGGCCGAGUUUAGCAAGAGAAGAUACGAACUCGCACUAUCUUCAAAGUAUGGAUAUGGAAAGUCUGACAAAGUUCUCGUUUGUGCCACAUAACGAUGAAAAAGAGCGGGCAAGAUCAAAUAAUAGAACGCAGAACAUAAAACAUAAUCAAUUUUCGUGGAACGAAGUAUUGGGACAAACAAUGCAUGAUGUAAAAUUGAAUGCUUCUGUUCAUAAUAGCAUCGAACCAGUAACGAAAGCAGUUUACGAUUUACAAGAUCUACGGCUCCGGGAGAAGAAACUGAAAGAGGACUUAAAUAAGUUAUAUGCAAUGUGGCAAAAUCGUAGCGCCGCUCCAAGUAUUCCAAUUUCCACCAGUGCUUUAAAUACUUCGAAACAGCACUCCCGAUUGAUACAUUUCUGUCAUACACCACUGUUAUUCUUGCCUUCCUGGCGUUUACAAUCAGCUGCGACGAGGGAUCAUUCGUUAUCAACGCAAUCCUCUAUGCAUGUGAACACCAAUGUGCAUCAACAGUUAUCACAGCAACUGCAAGCAAGUCAAAUUCAAGAAACAGAUAUUAUGAAAUGGCAUCAAGAAUUGUGUAGUUUGAUGUUGACUGAAUACAAACAAUAUCUUCAAAUAAUGGGAUUUAAUCCAGUUCAAGUGGAAUCACUCAAUAAAAGCUAUGAAGGCCUAACACAGCAGCAGUCGUAUUAUCUCAAAAAGUCUAUGCUAGGAGGAAUAGUACUAUUUGAAAUUUAUUUGUCGCAGCCAUUCUUUAUUGUAAAAUUACAUAUUAUUGAGUGCAGUCGCCUUCAAACAAAAGCUAGUAGCGCCCUAGUCAAUCAGUUUCUGUUAAGCUUUGUGGACGCUUGUGAUAAAAUUAAAAUCAAUAUGCACCUGCAUUCGUUUACAUACGAUUUUCAUUUACGCUGCAUCCAAUCGUACAUUGCUGGAAGUGGACCUUGGUCCUUACAACAAGGAUACCAUCUUAUUCAUUUUCUUGAUGAUUUUAACAAGUACUACAGCAAAGCACCAAAUUAUGCUAGAAACCUUAUAUACAGUGAUAUAGUGGCAACUUGUAAUUUAACAAUACCGGGUCGCACUUUAUAUUCUUAUUUGUUGUCGCAUGAGAAAAUUUACAACAUGCACGUAUUUGAAAUGAAUUGUGAUCAUCAGGAUUCUCAAGAAAGUGAAUAUGUUUUAGUAAAUUUAAAGAAUACACCUCUAAUCAGUUAUUGUGACGCGCAAGACACAAGGUAUACCGACGACUUUGACGUUGCAUUAAUCGUAUCAUAUUUAGAGCAACCUGUUCAGAUUGAAAAAACCGGAAUUUCUUUGAAGUAUUAUCUAAUGCUGACAAGUAAGAGAGAAUUGUAUCCAAAGAGAGAAGUAGAAAACAAUAAGCUUGGAAAAUUUCGUACUGUGUACAAUAUCGAAAAGCCUGUGACCAGUACUUCUGCAGAAUCGACGUCUGUCGCAGAUAUUUUUAAGAAAGGACUUUUAAAAGAAUUCCCUACGAACUUCCAAGAAAAUGGCCAAGGUUUAAAUAACAAAACAAAUGACACUAGAAUAUCCAGUAUCAGUGCUACCAGUAGGAGCACAAGUGCACCAACUCCUCCGCCUGUACCCAAUUCGCCAUUGAUGCAAAACACAAAUCCCCCCUGUAUUUCAGCAAAUUCACCGUCAUCGCAUUUGAUUCAAAUACGACAAGAGUCGAUUAAUUACUUGGGUUAUUAUUCUUCCCACGAACAAUUGAUGCAACAGACGAUAAUGUCACAGGCGGAAGCUGCUCGUAUGCAUAUAUUAAAUAUGAUAGAUCGAGGAGCACUACAAUGCAAAACGCACCUACUCUGGAAUAAACUAUUGGAAAGUAAAUCUACAAUGAACUAUACAGAAUUUUCUGAACUGUGCUCCUUGGCACAUGUAGAACCAUUAUCGAAUCUGGAUCCGAGACUAAGGCCUCUUAUUAACCAACCACUUUCAUGGUAUCAGACUUUAUCUAAACUCUUGCAGUAUAAGUAUCAAGAUCAUCACAAGCAGUUUAUCACACCAGAUGGAAAUAUUACACAUCUUCUUAUAUUACAUCCAAGUUUCUUCCAAGUUUUUAUGAUGUUGACUAUAGAUGUACAUGCUUCAAAGGGGGAUCUAUAUGCAGUUUAUUGUAAAUCAAAAGAAGUAAUUAAUAAUAGUCCAUGUUGUAUAGAAGACAUCUACAGUUUAAUCGAGGGAUUUGUGAAUGCCUGUUGCUUUCACUUAUGGAUGAGUUUGUACAACUAAAAAUGGUGACAGAUUUCAUUGAGACAGAAA